CUCAAGCCUCAUUCCCAAGUUGAUACCCUAUCCCUAUCGGUAAAUGCAGACUCACUCGGCGAGAAUGAUGCUGUGGGUGCUGCUGUGGCUGCAGCCUUUCGUUUCUUUGUGCGAGGGAUGUGUGUCCGAAACCUGUGGUUUGCCACCGCAACCGGCUGAAACUUCGGAUGCAUUUGCUUCGAUUCAAGUCAUUGGGAAGCAGACAACCGAACAAGAACUCGACGACAAGGUAGUCGACCACAUCUACAAGCUCAAUGAGGACGGCACAGUCACAAUCAUCUUCAAGUAUGAGGAUGGCACGGAGGAAGUGUUCGAUGUUCUGGAUCCUCAUUCUCCAGGGCUUUUGCAAGAACAAAGCACCCAAGAAGGCUUCCCGUGGAAGAAGAUAUGGAAAAUCAAAAAGAUCAAGGAAGCGCUGGAACGCCGACGCCAGCAUCCCUCCUCCUCAUGCACAAGUGGGGAUUUCUCUUUCUCCUUCCGCAACGACAACAGGAACGAUCCCGCUGGAGGCCUAGUCACUGGUUGCAUCAGUGGGCUAUCGUGCAACAACGAAUCCGCUGAAGCAACCUCGGUUCAAGUCCUCACGAAUGAAGCUGGCUUUGGCCUUGGCGAGUAUAUUUCUGAUGACCAGAUCCUCUUGAACAACACUUUCAAUGUGAGUGCUAGCUGUGAGAUCGUGCCUUUUUCCUUCUUCCUGUCCGUCAGCUUGAACCGCAGCUUGUCACUUGACUUCCUUCCUCCUUCAGGUAAGGAUCCAUGUGCUGGGCUGACGAAUUCUACCUCGCUUUUCUCAAAUUGCAGUGAUGUGAAAUUCCAGUAUAUUCCUUGAGAUUUCUUGAGGAAACUGCAGCACUCAUUUCAAAUUCUUUCAGAUUUGAGAGGCCUACUAGAAAGCAACACAGCUUUGAAGCGCAG